UCCUCUUCUAAACCCUAAUUUGUACGAUAGCGAUGCACAAAACAGUAGUAAGAUGCAUUCUUUCUCGUUCCCAUCAUCUUCUUAUUCAAUUCUCCACCAAUUCAUCUCUUAAUCGUUCUCUUCUCGACACAGUAUCCACCUGUAGCCGUUAUCUCACCUCUAGGUUUAUCUCCACUCCUCCGCCCGAUGAAAUGUACGGAUUCGACGAACCUUUCUCGCCUAACGAGCCGCGGGAAGUGGUGGGUUUCACUAAAGACUACACCUUUCUGCUUGAUUCUCUUGCUGACUCUCGAAAGCCCACAACUGAAUCACCACCCUCCAUUGAUGCCAUAGCCAUUGCAGAUACUAUUUCUAAUAGCGAAGACGUGUUCGGGAGCAAAUCCCAGAAGCUUCUUAGGCAAUUCAGAGAGAAACUUACCGAGAGCUUAGUAAUCGAAGCGCUGCGUUUGAUUGAAAAACCUUCCGCUGUUAUCAGCUUCUUCAUUUGGGCAGGUAGGCAGAUAGGUUACAAGCACACACCACCCGUCUACAAAGCUCUAGUAGACUUGAUUGUAACUGAUAAUGACGAAAAAGUCCCUGAAGAGCUCCUCCAGCAGAUCAGAGAAGACGACAAGGAGACCCUGGGGGAGUUUCUUAACGUCUUGAUAAGGAGACGCUGCAGGAACGGCUCCUUCAGCGUUGCUCUCGAGGAGCUAGGGAGGCUGAAGGAUUUUAGUUUCAGACCUUCGAGAUCUACUUAUAACUGCUUGGUCCAGGCUUUCUUGAAAGCUGGUAGUUUGGACUCUGCUUCUUUAAUUCAUCGGGAGAUGUCGGUUGCGAAUGUGAGUAUCGAUGGGUUUACGCUUCGUUGCUUUGCUUAUUCUCUAUGUAAAGUAGGGAAGUGGAGGGAGGCUCUAGCGUUGGUGGAAGCUGAGAGGUUUGUGCCUGAUGCAGUCUUUUACACGAAACUGAUAUCUGGUCUGUGCGAAGCUUCGCUUUUCGAAGAGGCGAUGGAGUUUUUGAAUAGGAUGAGAGCUGAUUCCUGUCUUCCGAAUGUGGUGACGUAUUCGACUCUGCUGUGUGGAUGCUUGAAUAAAAAACAGCUGGGGAGGUGUAAAAGGGUGCUUAGUAUGAUGAUGAUUGAAGGUUGUUAUCCGAGUCCCAAGGUUUUUAAUUCUCUUGUGCAUGCUUAUUGCACAACGGGAGAUCAUUCGUAUGCGUAUAAACUGUUGAAAAAGAUGGUUCAGUGUGGUCACAGGCCAGGGUAUGUUGUCUACAAUAUAUUGAUUGGUAGUAUCUGUGGUGGUGGUGAAGACUCGCUUAGUUCUGAUCUUUUGGAGUUGGCUGAGAAAGCUUAUACUGAGAUGCUUGCUGCUGGAGUUGUUCUUAAUAAGAUUAACGUAAGCAGGUUCACGAGGUGUCUUUGUAAUGCUGGCAAGUAUGAGAAGGCGUUCAGUGUCAUCCGCCAAAUGAUCGGUAAAGGAUUUGUACCUGAUAACAGUACCUAUUCCAAAGUCCUUGGUUAUUUAUGUAACGCGUCGAAAAUGGAAAUGGCGUUUCUGUUGUUUGGAGAGAUGAAAACUCGUGGCCUCGUUGCCGAUGUCUACACGUAUACCAUCAUGGUAGAUAGUUUCUGCAAAGCUGGAUUGAUCGAACAGGGUCGCAAGUGGUUCGAUGAGAUGAGGAGCGUUGGUUGUAAGCCUAACGUCGUCACGUAUACUGCUCUUAUCCAUGCUUAUCUUAAGGCUAAUAAGGUUGGUUAUGCGAAUGAGCUGUUUGAAGUGAUGAUAUCCGAAGGGUGUGUCCCCAACGUCGUUAUGUACUCUGCCUUGAUCGAUGGGCAUUGCAAAGCUGGACAGACGGAGAAAGCUUGCCGGAUUUUCGAGAGAAUGUGUGGGAGCAAAGAUGUUCCGGAUGUAGAUAUGUACUUCACGGAGCAGCACGAUGGCGAGCGACCAAACGUAGUUACGUACGGAGCUUUGGUAGAUGGUUUCUGCAAGUCGCAUAGGGUAGAGGAAGCUCGUAAGUUGUUGGAAGCUAUGUCCAUGGAAGGUUGCGAGCCGAAUGAGAUUGUGUAUGAUGCUCUUAUCGAUGGACUAUGUAAAGUAGGGAAGCUAGAGGAAGCGCAAGAAGUGAAAACUGAGAUGUCUGAGCAUGGAUUCACCGCGACCAUAUAUACUUACAGCUCUUUGAUUGAUCGUUAUUUCAAAAUGAAGCGGCAAGAUUUAGUCUCGAAGGUUUUGUCGAAGAUGCUUGACAGCUGUAAGCCUAACGUGGUUAUAUACACCGAGAUGAUUGAUGGCUUGUGCAAGGUUGGUAAGACUGAUGAAGCUUAUAAGCUUAUGAAAGUGAUGGAAGAGAAUGGAUGUCAGCCAAACGUUGUGACGUAUACGGCUUUGAUCGAUGGGUUUGGAGUGAUUGGUAAGAUAGAGACAUGCCUUGAGCUCUUAGAGAGAAUGGGUUCCAAAGGUGUUGCUCCAAACUAUGUUACUUAUAGGGUUUUGAUUGGUCAUUGUUGCGAAAACGGUAUGUUGGAUGUGGCUUACAAGCUUUUAGAAGAAAUGAAACAGACGCAUUGGCCUACACACGCUUCAGGAUACCGCAAAGUCAUUGAAGGAUUCAGUAAAGAGUUUGUAGAGUCUCUUGGGCUUCUAGAUGAGAUAGCGAAGGAUGAUACUGCCCCGUUUGUUUCUGUAUAUAGGCUUCUGAUUGAUAAUCUUAUUAAAGGUGAAAGGCUGGAGAUGGCUCUUACGCUUCUUGAGGAGGUUGCAACGUUGUCACCCACGUUGGUUAGCUACGGUAGCACGUACAGUAUGUUGAUUGAAAGCCUUUGCGUUGCUGAUAAAGUGGACAAGGCUUUUCAGUUGUUCUCGGAGAUGACGAAGAAAGGUGUCAGUCCGGAUAUGGAAUCGUUCUGUAGUCUUGUCAAGGGACUUUUCCGGAAUAGGAAGAUCAAUGAAGCACUUUUGCUUCUGGAUUUCGUAUCACAUAUGGUUUGUCCUCUUUCUCUCUAUUGAAUUUGAAAAGGGUAGUAAUAGUUUCCUCAAGCUUUUUUUCUUUGCAAUGUUCACAGUAGUUUAUACUGUUUGUGUAUUUUCCUCCUCCAUUGUAAUGCAGAUUGGUAAUUAUUUAUGGUAUCUCAUUGCUAAAUUGCCUCAAUUUUGCAGGAAAUUCAGUGGACAGAAGAAAAUAAUGGUAUCUGAUGGGUCUUAGGCUUAUUGAUUCAUUAUCCAUGAUGUCUAAUUCUGAUUUGAUCAGUUAGAUGGCUCUGAGCAUCCUAGUCAAAACCUGAGAUUUCCAAGGUUUUAGCAUCCUAAUCAAGGUUGGGAGCUAUGGAUUAACGUAUCGGGAAGAUCACUAGGAGCAUGGUGUUAUAUGCAGCAGCUUCUCCUUUGUACAUGGGUGUGAAAAUCUGUACUCGUAAUGGUUACAAGGUCUCAGUGAAGUUGAUUGACCUCCUUUGUACACACUACAACAGCAUCAAUGCUUUCGUUAAGAGAAGACAACAGUCGAUACAGAGGUAACAUGGAAGUAUAGUUUUCAAGGUGCAAUAUGGGGUCACAAAAUCAUCAUCAUAUCAUUGUGCCUUUAGUUUAUCUCUGUAGUUAGUUCACUUCAAAAGUUUUGAAAGAAAUGACAUUGUAAAGAGCAAUCAUUAUAUGCAAAAAUGCAACAA